CCCACUCCUAUUGGUCCAGUGGCCAGUGAGACUCCACUUCAAACGAGUAGCCGAGAGAAAGCACCGCAGACCAAAAACCAGUCUCCAGAGGGGAAAGGCAGUGAGUCGCAGCCCACUCCAGUGACCAAUCGAGAGCUGCUGGGCUCCCAUCUCACUGCUGAUAGGCUGGGCGGGUCCGUCCAGGUGAUGAGUUCAACCAAUGGGGAGCUGAAUACAGACGACCCCACUGCAGGACACUCCAACGCACCAAUCACAGCAAACGCAGAGGUGGAAGUGGCUGAUGAUACCAAGUAAGGGCACAAACGUUAAAGCAGAAUAUGUGUAGAGGAUUUCAACACCUUUGAACCACCAGCAAACCAGAUUACAAGCAAAAUACAUUUGACUUGAAACAAACAGGUAAUAACACGGAUGUGCUCAUGUGACUGUCACCUGGACUUCCUGUAGCGUUUUUACUGCAGGGUUUGGCUUCAGAAAGUGUUGACUUUGCUCUAACAUAAUUUUGAUGGUGCAAAAAGUCUGCCUGUGCUCUUCUUUUUUCUGACACUCAUUAUUUACAGGAAUUGCCUUAAGGUUUUUAAAGGGAAUAAAAAUACUUUUUCCAACUAAGCCACUUUAAAUAGUACAACUAGGGUGUUACAGACUUAUGUCAUGAUUUUCCUUUUCUACAAAUCCUCUCCACCACACAGAGUUCCCGUUGCCGGUCAACAUGUCCGUUAAAGUUUAA